AUGGAAUAUGGAGCUUGUGGCGAUGGAAAAACUGAUGAUUCACAUCAUGAAGGAAAAAUAAUUGCACCAUCUAAGGAUGCAUGGGUUAGUGAUAACUCAAGUUGGAUUGUGAUGUCAAAUGUAAACGAUUUAACAAUUGAUGCCAAAAGAGGAAUGAUCGAUGGCUAUGGCUCUACUUGGUGGCAAUGCAAAAGUUGUAAACGACCCAGAGCCUUGCGUUUCCAUCGUUGUAAUGGUCUUACUGUGAAUUAUCUAAGGACCAUGAAUAGUCCUGGAGCUCACAUAUCUGUAAGUGGUUGCGAGGGUGCAAAAUUCUCUCAAAUCAACAUUCAUGGUCCUGUCCACAGUCCCAACACCGAUGGAUUCGACAUUGCUUCUUCCAAAAAUAUUUUGAUCCAAGAUUCCACUAUAGGAACUGGUGAUGAUUGUAUUGCUAUCAAUGGUGGCUGCUCUAACAUCAGUACUGUUGGGGUUGCUUGUGGACCAGGCCAUGGAAUAAGCAUUGGCAGCCUUGGUAGAAAUCAAGGUCAUGAGACAGUUGAAGAAGUUCAUGUAAGAAAUUGCAGCUUCACAGGAACCACAAAUGGAGCCAGAAUCAAGACUUGGCCUGAGAGAUCAGGUUAUGCAAGAAAGAUCACCUUCGAGCAAAUAAAACUAACAGAUACUCGUAACCCAAUAAUUAUAGACCAAUACUAUGGACAUAACAUUUCAUCGGUAUAUUCAUAUUAUUUAUCUGAUGCCAAAGCAAUCGAUUUACGAUGCAGUAAAUUAGGCUGUUUCGGUAUCAUAUUGGAUCAAAUCAACAUAGUCUCUGCUGAACAAGGAAAACAUGCCUAUGCUUCUUGCAAAAAUGCUCAUGGAAUCGUUUUAUCUUCUAUUCCCAGUGUCUCUUGCUUGUUGAAUUGA